GUUAAGAAAAAGAAGAAAAGGAAGGAGGAGAAGCUGAAGCAGCAGCAGCAGGAGGAGGACGACGACGAGAAGCUACCGGCCCAGCGGUUGUAGUGGAAAGUUCCAGCAAUAAUUUGAAAAUACAAGAAAACAGCAAUCAUAAAGAACAGCAGAAGCGUGCACUUUUCGUUUCGUCAUUCAGGAAGUGUUUAAUAUCUGUUGGAGGAUAUUAACACGCGCACUAACAGACUAAAUCCGCAGACAAGCAGCAGAUAAACCCGCCGCUCAUUUCUCACAGGAGGACAGAAACACUGACAUACAGCACGCUUUCAGUAAGACUGUCAACGCUGUUAUAUUUUUGGCAGGUUAAUUGUGCAAGAACGUAUUCUUGACCAAUAUGAAGCUCACAGGUGUCCUCCUGAUGGUUUGUCUGUCAGUGGUGCAGCCCCAGACUUUUCCCGACAUAUCAGCCAUAGUGAAUGAACCUGUGACUCUACCAUGUACCUGCUCUGGGCAAAAGGUCAAGUGGAGCAUCUUCCAUCCCAGACUUACCAAAUCUUUCAUUGCUUCGUGCCACCAUGAGACGUGUCAGAUUGAUCAGCAUUUUCAGAAAAGAUUUUCAGUCUUGGUCGAUACCAGCAGAGGAAAUUUCUCCAUGAGCAUCAGUUCAGCUCUCUACAACGACUUUGGCUUCUACAGGUGCACCUGUAAUGGAAAAUCAGUUAGCGAAGUAAAACUAAAGGUUUAUGACCCUAGGAUUGUGAUGGUUUUUGAGGGGGAUAACGUCACCCUUCCAUGCUACGGAGACACUCGGCGUGACGCCAAGGAUGUACAGUGGAAGAAAGAUGGAAAAAAGUUGCUGGAGUACCUUUAUGGAAGUACCAAUGCCUCAGCAGGCAGAUUUAUGAUGUCAGAAGAAGGCUUUCUAGAUGGCGAUCUGUCACUCAACAUCAGUAAGGUUCACCUGUCUGAUGCUGGAUUUUAUCUGUGCCUUAUUCAGGGUGAAUCUCGUGAUGGAGACCCACGUGCUGUUCUACUAAAGGUGGAAGAACGCCAACCAGAGCACCAACCACCCACACCUCCCAACAGCUACAAACAACUAGCAGUAGGAAUAACACUAGGACUGCUCCUCGGAGGCAUCAUCGGAGCAAUUAUUUACUGUGGGAGAAGAUUCACACAACCUCAAGAUACGACAUCCACCAAUAUAGGAGCUCCUGUUCAAGAGGAGUUCCAAAUGCUCCCAAAGCCUUCUUCGACACUGCCAAUCCAGGACUAGUUCAUAGUUAACAAAGACCUGUCCCACUGCUUUGGAAAAUUUUCUUAUGAAGGGAAGCAAAAGUUGAAAAGCAAAAUGUAGAAAGCCAAUUUAGAAAUUCAGCAAAGCUGUAGGAGCGGCAUGGUGGUGCUUUAGCAUCCUUGUCUGUGUGUGGUUCUGCUUGUUCUGGUGUGCUGAUACUCCGGCUUUAUUUCAAUCAUUUUUGCGGUUCAAAUGAAAAGAAAUGUGAAAUCAGAAAGAGCCAGUUUUAUAUGCAGUAUGUGUAUCAGCUAUAAAUGCUUUACAUUUCAUUUUUAUACAUGUUAUAUAUAUUCGGUCUUUGUUGAUUAGAUGUUUGCUAACUUAUAGAACAGCCCUUAAGGCUGUUCUGACUUAUCAAGCUGUAUCUUUUUUUGAACUGAUCGAACUUACGUUUUUAUUGUAGCGGGCAAUCAAAAAUCCCAAAAACUGAAAGGAGGGGUAGUGUUUAGAAUUUUUGGGUCUCUCAAUAAUACUAAUAAUACUAAUAAGAAGAAGAAGAAGAAGAAGAAGAAGUAGCUUACUCAUAAUUAUGAAGUAGCCAACAUAAUUAUCAGCUUAUGUAGCUGUUAUGACCUUGGGUGGGGAAAAAAGAAAAAAAAAAACUGGAGAAGGCCUGCAGGAGUCACAUGUGAUGGUAUCUUUAAACACAAGAUCAGAAGAUCAAACAGGUGGAAUCAGGUGAGACUCCUGCUUGGUUGGAUUGAAACCCUGCACCCACACUAACAAAUUAUGGAUUCGACUGAGAAUAGCACACAAAUGCACAAAGCCCUGAUAGCCCUUUGCACUAACUUUUUAAAAUAAUCAAAGAAUGAAAAGACAUUACAAAAUAAAAUCUGUUUUGAUGUUUACAUAGCAAUACAUUUUAAGGUUGGCAACACUGGGGAAAAUGGGAGAUUUGACCACUUUCUUUUGUAAUGUUUUUUAACUAACAUUUAUUAUGUAUUAUUUAACUAACAAAUCUUUCUUUUUGGACAAAUUGUUAGUGGUAUAUAGUUUUUUUGUCGUUUUUAAACAGUUCAUGAAAUGUCCACUGAUUUACAAGGAAACUCUGCAUAUGUAACAGUCUGUUGUAAAAAAUGAAAGGUAACAUUUGUUUAACACAUGACAGUAUUUCACCUUUACUUUUGAAGGUAAACAUUAUUUUAUUUUAACAUUAUUUUUACAGUAAAAAUAACAGGACUGAUUUGCAAAAUAAUGUAUUCAUUAAAAUAACUUUUUUCAGUAUUAAUGGAGUUAGUACAAAUAGAAUACUUUACAUGUAUUUCUCACUCCAAAACGGAUUAUUUUUCUAAAGUAUGGGAACAAUUUUUCAAGUGCCUGAUGUCUCAGAUAUUAUGUUGGAUGAAUUUCAAUGACUGGAACCAUGUAUACCACCACUUCAGCUGGUGUCAAGUACACUUUAAUAUUCUGAAACUGCAUUUUGUGUUUUAAAAAUUGAAAUGAGCUGGUUUUAUUUUUUAUUUAUUUAUUUUUCUAUUUACCGUUUAAUAAAUGUUCUCUUUUUUUAUUGUUGGUGGUGGUGAAAAUACAAUAAAUAUAUUUUAAAAAUAA